AUGGCAAGAAAGAGACCGGCUUCAGCCGUGGAGACAGAGGACCAGGCUGCCUGCAUCCUUCGGCCGCCUCACGAUGCCGAGCGCCUCGCGGCCUUGGGCGCCGCGCUGCGCCGAGGGCGCCUCGUGUCCUUUCCCACGGAGACUGUGUAUGGCUUAGGAGCCAACGGCUUGGACCCAGAUGCAGUUCUCCAGAUCUUUGAGGCGAAGGGGAGGCCGCUGACGGAUCCCUGCAUCCUGCACGUGGCCAAAGCUGCCGAUGCGCUCCCGCUUCUGGACCUGGACAGCCUCCCUGGUGGCAGGGCUCUCUUCGAUGUGCUGACGAAGGAGUUCUGGCCCGGACCUCUCAGUAUUGUGGGUCCCGCGCGUGCAGUGGUUCCACCCCAGGUCACUGCAAGCACGGGAUUUGUGGCAGUCCGCUGCCCGUCCCAUCCCCUUGCGAGGCAGCUGGUCGAAGCCGCCGGUAAACCGCUGGCAGCGCCUUCAGCGAACCGCUUCGGCCACAUCUCGCCGACACUUCCUGAUCACGUGCUUCAGGACUUGCAGCAUGUGCCCUUCCUUCAGAUAAUCGAUGGCGGGCCCUGCAAUGUUGGCAUUGAGUCCACGGUAGUCAAGCUUGACCUGGCUGGCACUCCAAAAUCGCUGCAGCUGCUGCGGCAAGGCGGUUUGCCGCGAGAGCGGUUGGAAUCCUACCUGACAGAGUGCUUUCAACGUGGAGAGCUCCAGGAAAGCAUCCCCGUGGUGUCCAUAGCCCGGAAUCCCAGGUCAGGCCCAGUGGUCAAGCCGGAUGAUGAGGCGCAGAUGGCCCCUGGCAUGCUCUUGAAGCACUAUGCGCCAUCUGUACACACGGUGCUUCUCUCACCCGAUGCGUCUCCAGCAUGCGAGUCGGAGAUGUCAAUGCUGCCAAGCCGGAGCUUGUUGAUUGAUUUCGGCGGAAGGCAAUCGGAUCGUCACGCCCUCUUCCUGAAGGUUUACGACCUCUGUGAGGAGAAUGGAACAGCUGGCAAAGGAACAGCUGAGGACGCCUGCAGGCAUGUCUUUGCCACUCUGCGAGCUGCAGAAGCAUAUGCGAUCGCAGAGAAGGUGGAGCUCAUAUGCGUGGCAGACUUCGACCCAGAAGGUUUGGGAGGAUACGCCGAGGCUUUGCACGACAGGUGCAGGUACGGUAUGUAUGCAUGGUAUAGUGGCUUAAUGCUUGGUCAGGUUGUUUCGAUCCGCUUCGGGGCAACGACUCCUUUCGAUUCUGGUCAGUUCGUUGCAGCUAAAGAUGAGCAGUCUCACCUAUUGAGCGAGCGGCAGUUUGGCCGAGCAGCAUUUUUCUGCCAAGAGCGGUUAAAAUUCCUCAUGUCGCGAGGAGACCUUGCCACGUGGUUGCUCGAACAUACGCUCCCUGGUUUGACCUUCGACCAGGUCAUGGACAACUUCUGUGGGACGGUCGCAGCUGGGUGCGUUGUUUCGUACGUCCUGGGCCUUGGAGAUCGCCAUUUGGAGAACAUCUGCCUCACGAAGCAGGGUGAGUUUUUCCACAUCGACUUCGGUUACUUCCUAGGAGAAGAUCCAAAGCCCUUCGCGCCGCAGGUCAGGCUUCCCGCUCAAGUCGCACAAGCAUUGCUGGCGACGAAUCGACUUCACCUCCUCUACACCCUAGCCAGGCGUGCUUACCUGGCCUUGCGACCCUUUGGCACUCUGUUCGCCGGGCUCCUGAACCUGGAGGUCGAGAAUGGCCAAAGGUAUGGGAGGCUGGCCAAGGAUUCCGAGACUGCCAUUGCAGGGAUGCUCGAGCGCCUUCGCAUUGACCAGGAAGACGAAGAGAGGGCCGCAGCCGAAUUUCUGGCUCUGGUCCAGUCCCCGGAAUACGCGGCCAAGUGCGAGAGUUGUAAGGUACUGAGAGUUUGUAGCCAAGUUCGAAUAGAAGCAGCAGGGCAGCGCGGAAGUCGGAAGCCCGUGCUUCCGGCACAGAGCGCCAUGCCUGCUACAGACGCUUCCGACGCGCGUGCUUUGGCAGCGGCGCCCCUUGUGCCGGUUCAGAGGGUCAGGUGGAGAUCGAAUGCCACGCUCCAGCGCGUUCUGGGGCUGACCUUGAAAGCAUCGCUGCUCUCCGCUGACCGGUUUUUCGAUUUGUUCAGCCUUUGGAAAAUCCUGCGCACGUCGAGUACUUGGCUCGACGUGGUGCAACAGACAAGCUUCUGGCUUCUCUGCUUUGGAGCGUUGGCUUCAACGGUUUUAUCGGCCCUGACCUUGAGCCGACACCGUGCAGCAAUUCGCCAAAACCGUCCUUAUGGCUGGGGUCUGGCGUUGUUCAUCUCUGCAAUCCAGCUGGCCCCUCUUGUGGAAAUGGUGGACAAGAUCGGCGAUGGAUUCUGUUGGGGCGUGGGUGAGGAGGAUGUCUUGAGCUCGGUGGCAUCUGUGAUCAGUAGCUCCCCGCACGAUGGGCCCACGGCAGCCGCAGCUCUAGCUCGGCGCUCCAGGCGCCAGGCAAUGGCUGAGAUGAAAGGGAGCCGGUACGGUGAGAAUCUGAUGCGUGGUCUUCGGAAGCUGACGAUUGCCAGCUUACCUUUGAUCCUCCUGUCGGCAAUUGUGCACUCGGCAUGGCUCCGCGAAAUCGCGCAGGCGCCACACGCAUGGGAUGGCAACUACACCGCAGAAGCAUCAGCGCUGGCCGUGGGCAUCAUUUGCUUGGCCAUGGCGUGUGCCGAUGUGGUGCUUUAUGUCUGGGUGGAUGACGCCUUCGUUCGCACCCACAAGAAACUGGUCCAGAUACACUACUUCAUCGAGAUCCUGACCAGGCUCCCCUUGUGCCUUCUACUGCACUGCGUCCACUUCGACAAGUGCAAUCCGCUCCUCUUCCUGUGGAUGGGCGAUGUAACCACCAGCGUCCUGCUGCUUCUGAUGCCCACGCUGUGGGGCUGGACACGUCGGCGGCUAUCUUGCCGCCACGCCUGGAGCCAGGUCGCCAGUGCCGUCAUCAUGUCUCAGAUCCUCUUCUUCGUGAACAUCACCGUGUUUGAUCCCCGAGAAGCGUUCCAGUUCGUCAACGCUGGGUUCUACAUCGUGAAGUACAUGGAGGCCUUCAUAAUCUGCAAAAUGCUUCAGUGGCACGGUGGGUUUCAGUCGGGGUUCCUGCAGCGGCUGAGCGAGUUUGAGCUAGCUGCUGUGCUGCUCAGUGCAGCCGUCGUGUGGGUUGUGGUGCCAAAGUUGCGGGCCCUUCAGGAUGCGACCUCCUCCUCCGAAGCCAUCCCGCGACUUUCGCGGCUCUUACCCACUGGAGAGGUGCCUGGCGACCUCGAGGCAGGCCGCCGAUCUCGCAGCCAGCUCUUCGGGAUACCUCAGGGCCUCUCCCUGGAGCUGGGCACUGUGGGAUCGCCCCAGAGCUCCUCCGCGCUCGUCGCGCGGCUCCGAGGGGGUCAGGCCCCACGGCCCGCCACACAACGUCUGGACUUGCUCGGCGACAUGUUGGAAGGCUUGUGCCUUCUAAGUCAGUCGCAGAGUUCUCGCAACCGGCCAGCUGUGGCACGCAGCACGGUUGUGGAUGUGCUGUGGUCCUUGGUCCUGCCCUGGGAUGGCGAGUACGAUGACGGACGCGGAGGAGUUGUGAAGCUGGAAACCUUGGAUGUCGAAAAGGGGGCUGUGCUUAUCAAGAGGCAGAAGCCCACAGACGGAGAGGAAGGCUCCGCAUCCAGCAUGGCUUCGGAGAGAGAGACGGAAGCACUGGGCGUCAUUUUUCAAGGCACGGUGCUGGAGGUCGUGCUGAGUCAGCAGGAGGGGCGAAAGCUUGGAUCCUUCACUGGUAAGCAGAUCCUUUUUGCAGAUGAGCUGGGUACAGUCUGGACUCGCCGCAAGUGCAAGGGCCGGGAGGGCCGGGAGUGCGAGAAUGGUUCCACCGCACCCGCGGCCGCGAGGGAAGUCUUGAGGCUGGUUCUUACACAGUUGCUGCUCUCCUUGCGGUGGGAGCCGACACAUCUGGGCAUCGGACCCUCGAGCGCCUCUACUGGAGCCCUUGUGGCCAUCGACGCAUCCCAAAGGCCGCUGCUGAGCUUCCUGCUGCGCUACGCCACGGGGACGCAGGACCUCACCCUCCUCUCGGAGAUAUACUGGUCACUCUGGUGCUUGUCGGAGGAUUCCUUAGAUGCUGAGCGUAUCACCUAUGACAAAGCCCGCUGGGUGCUGAUCAAAUCUCUUGCAGGGACCAUCGAGUUCUGGGAUGGAGCCCGUGGCACGCGCUUGGACAAUAUGUGUCCGGAUGUUGACCGUAUCGUUUCCUUUCGCAGCGCCGCGCUGCGCUUGCUGACGCAGCAGGCUUCGCUGUGGCAGCAAACGCUCAGCCUCGCAGACCUUGGUGCCCAGACGGUGGGUGAGACAGCGGAGAAGACACGAGCAGUGCGGAGUCGGCUCCUUGAGCUGAAGAAGGCUGCGGAGGACCUGGGCACUGCCCUGUUCUCGGAGGCGCGCCACCAGGAAUACCUGCCAGAAGAUGCCUACAUGGAAGAAGUGCUCGAGGCCGGGCUGGUGUAG